GUGAAUGGAGUCAAGUAUACGAAACUCGAGUGCGUGGGUCAAGGUGGCACGUGCAAGGUUUACAAAGUCGUCUCUCCCAAGCGAAAGAUUUUAGCGUUGAAGCGAAUUCGUCUCGAUGGCAAAGAGCACGAAACCGUGGCGGGUUUUAUUGACGAAAUCAAGCUGCUGAAGACAUUACGAGGAAGAGACAACAUCAUUCAGCUCGUCGAUGCGGAGGUUUGCCCGAAGGAGAAGCUCAUAUUUAUGGUGCUUGAAUUUGGCGAAAUCGACCUCGCACACAUGCUCGCCAAGCGCGAAAAGCAGCGUCAAAACCACGGAGGUGUGAUUGACGACAACUUUUUACGUCUGUACUUUGAACAAAUGGUGGAAGCGGUGAAUAUCAUUCACGAGGAGCGCAUCGUGCACAGUGAUUUGAAACCGGCAAACUUUCUCUUUGUCGAGGGCGCGCUCAAGCUCAUCGAUUUCGGCAUCGCGCGCGCGAUACAGACGGAGCAAGCGCCCGAUCACACGAAUAUUGUGCGAGAUCAUCAAGUUGGAACGGUGAACUACAUGUCCCCUGAGGCAAUCCUGAACGGACAAGCGUCCGCACUCGGAGGACCGAUGAAAGUUGGACGCGCGAGCGAUAUUUGGAGUCUCGGUUGCAUCUUGUACCAGAUGGUGUACGGGCACACGCCGUUUAGCAAAAUCACCGGGAUGAUUCAAAAACUUCACGCUAUUACCGAUCCCCGGCACACGAUCGCGUUUCCACCGUUACCGACGGAGAAUCCGGCGCUCAUUGACUUGAUGCGAAAGUGUCUGGAGCGAGAUCCGAAGAACCGCAUAUCUGUCAAGGAGAUUCUCACGCACAGAUUCUUGCGCCCG